AACCCUUUCUUGAACGAAUCUAUUUCUAUAGCAAAAUAGAACUACAAGUCUCCAAACUAAGGAUUUUGAGAGAGAGAUUUUAUAUAGGAGUAGACUGAGUAGUACCAUGUCCAUAUAUGUUUUCCUCUUCUUUCUCCUAAGCCUUUCCACAGCCCAGGACGAUUGCACUUCAACAUCAAAAUGCUCCGACGACGGUCCACCAAUCCGCUUCCCAUUCCGUCUAAAGAACCAACACCUCUCUCACUGCGGCUAUCCUGGCUUCGACCUCUCUUGCUCUCCAAACAACACCACCACCGUUCUCGACCUCCCUAAUUCAGUCAAAGUUCUAGUCACCCACAUCGAUUACAAAUCCCGACUGAUUCACAUCAAAGACCCAAACGGCUGCUUCCCACAACAGCUUCAAAACCUCAAAUUGUCUUCCACUCCCUUCAAUUUUCCAGAUUCCAUCAUCGAUGUCAUGGACGAUGUCGUGGACGAUUUCGGUUUAUUCAGUUGCCCCCCUUCAACAAAAAUGGAAGGUUGGGAGUCUGGUCCUAAUUACCAAGAAAAAAGUUAUCGGGUCACUUGCCUCCGCGGUGGCGAUGGUCGUGAUGUAUAUUUCCAGGGCAAUGAUAGUAUCGACGAUAGGCCCGAGCUGAUAUCGUGCAGAAAGAUGUAUAAUGUUUGGUCGGUUCCCUAUGAGGUGUUUGAUGAAACAGCUGAUCUGCAGUUGCAAUGGCUCCGGCCGGAUUGUGGGAAAUGUGAGACUGAUGGAAAGUUUUGUAGGCAUAUGAGUAACAGCACGAGCGAGGAAAUUUUAUGUUUUGGCAACCUCAAUCCGCCUAAAAAAGGUCAUGACUUGGAAAUUGCAGGUGUGACUUUAGGCUCAUUUUUGCUUCUUGUAAUCCUCAUUGCAAUGUAUUGGUUCCACAGACAAGAGAAAAUAAAGAGAAAGGAUUGUCUAAAGAUUGAGAUGUUUUUGGAGGAUUAUAGAGCUUUAAAGCCAGCAAGAUACUCUUAUGACGAUAUCAAGAAAAUUACAAAUCAAUUCAAGGACAAAAUAGGCCAAGGAGGAUAUGGAACAGUGUAUAGGGGACAACUUUCCAAUGAUGUUCAUGUGGCGGUUAAGAUCCUCAAUAACAUUAAGGGAAAUGGGGAAGAGUUCAUAAACGAAGUGGGAAUUAUUGGUACAAUCCACCAUGUCAAUGUGGUCCGCUUUGUUGGUUACUGUGCUGAUGGAUUCAGAAGAGCUCUUAUUUAUGAGUUCUUACCAAAUGAUUCCCUGGAAAAGUUUGCAUCAUCUGAUCACAAGAAGCGUUCACUUGGUUGGAAGAAGUUGCUAGAAAUUGCUAUGGGCAUAGCAAAAGGAAUUGAGUAUCUUCACCAAGGGUGUGAUCAACAAAUCCUUCAUUUUGAUAUUAAACCACAUAAUAUCUUGUUGGAUGAGAACUUGAAUCCGAAGAUAACGGAUUUUGGUCUAGCAAAGUUGUGUUCAAAGGAACAAAGUGUUGUAUCCAUGACUACUGCUCGCGGUACCAUUGGCUAUAUUGCACCGGAAGUGUUCUCAAGGAACUUCGGGAAUAUAUCAUACAAAGCAGAUAUUUAUAGUUUCGGAAUGUUGUUACUUGAAAUGGUAGGAGGAAAGAAGAAUUUUGAUGUAAUGGUCAAUAGCACCAACAAAAUUUACUUUCCCGAAUGGAUUUACAAUCAUUUGGACAGUGGAGAAGAGCUAAGAAUCCAUAUUCAAGAUGAAGGAGAUGCCAAGAUUGCGAAGAAGUUAGCAAUUGUGGGACUUUGGUGCAUUCAGUGGUACCCAGUUGACAGGCCUUCAAUGCAUAUUGUGAUUCAAAUGCUGGAAGGAGAUGGAGACACUUUGAUCAAGCCUCCCAAUCCAUUUGCCUCUACGAAUUCAACAUUGGCCACAGGACAGUCGAGUGGAAGGCCUAUUAACAAUGAGUUGGAAGUUAUCGUUGAAUCCGAGUAAAGAAGAUAUAACCACUAUCGAUCUGUUGUAUCGUAGAGAGUUGUCUCUUUCAUCCAUAUAUGGAUACAUGAAACCGUGAGACAACAAUAAAACGAAUUUUAAUCUACUGAUGUACAGCGUUACCAUAAAGAAUCUGUUGUGCUUUGAAAUACGUGAUUUGCAUCCAAUGUAUUGGGUAUUCAAGAUCAAUUCUCAUAAUGUUUCUUUUAUCGUCUUUUCUAGAAGGAUUAUUGAUGGGAUUCUAUCCCUAUGUUGUACUCCAUCUCCAUGGUAGCAAAUAAGAAACAUUUUGUACCAUAACAAAACAAA